CUCUCUCUUUUUUUUUCUUUCUCUAUCCAUCUAUAUCUCUCUCAUAAUCUCAUUUGUCCGCUCUUGAGUCACGAGUGAUGGGUUUGAUAAGUCGUCCUCUCUGAACUUUUGAGACAUUCUUGCUUCUCUUUUCUUUCCCUUUCCAUUUGGCACAUAAUAAUAUAUACAUCUCAAUACUUCUCUGGAAGAUGCUAACAGUUCAAAGAAAUUUCAAGCAAAGCUUUUUGGCUCCCAAUUGAAUUCUUUGUGGAUUUGAAGACUUAAAAGAAGCAUGCAUAGUGUGCCUGAGUUAAGACAUGGAGGGGACUGCAUUAGACGAUUCUGGUGUUUCAGCUUUUCAUAGUGAACCAAUUAUACUGCAGAAGAUAAACAUGGACAAUAACAAUGAGGUGACAGUGACAGAAGAAGGAAUUGCUCUCGAUUCUGCCAAUCCUUGCACUCAAAGGGCAUUGGAUGAUAAUUCUGGCGCAGGUGCAAAUGCAGGGUCAUUGACAGAUAUGAUGUUUGUGACUGCCAACCCCUUGUCUGAACUAGUAUGGUCUCCACAUAAAGGUUUGAGUCUUAAAUGUGCUGAAACCAGCUUGUCCGAGAAGAAGCCCUCCUAUUUGAGGGGUAUGGGAUCGAAAAAUAUGGUUCUUGCACCUUCUGAGGUUAGGACAUCCAGGGGGACUAGUAGUGAUGAGCCUGAAUCUGGAGAAAACUUUCUUUCAACACAAAUGGCAUCCAAAUUUGAAAGUGAAGUUUCUGAGAGAGUUACUUCUGUCAGGUCUCCUAAAAGCAUUUCAGGCAUCAUUCCAAUCUGUGGGCCAACAGCUCAUGUACACAAUCUAGGAUCAGUUGGAACCAAGAAAGAUUCCGAUGAAGUGAUGGAAUUGCCAGUCCAAGAUUUUGAUCAGAAUGCAGAGGAUCAUUCAUCUAAGAAAGGGAAGGGCCUUCAUUGUGCAAAUAACAUUCAAACAAAUGAGACUUCUGAAGCUGGAGGAAACAUUGUCUCAAGUUUUAGGGCUGAAACUUCUAUGCCAGGUCCGGAAGAUGGGGAUCUUGUUUAUACUUCAUCUAAAAUGGCUCAACCAAUACUUGAUUUAUCACGGCUAGAACCAGUAUGUGCAGACCCUAAUGAAGGAACGAGCUCAAACCCUUUUGGAAAUUUUGUUGAUGUUGGUAGGUCCACAACUCAAACACCGGAUAUGGUGGUUAUGUUACCAUCUGAGGUUUCUUCAAUUAAACAAGGUAAAGCUCCCACUAGCUGCAUGCCAUUUGUGACAUCCCUAGUUAGAAAUCCUGGGGGGGAAGAACAUGAAUUGGCAACUGAAAAUAAUUUAUGUUUGAAGGAUGAAAGCCCUGAGGUGAGUAGAAAUGUAGUAUCACAGGCUUCUGAUGAAGCUAAAUAUAGCCCUCAGCAGAAUGAGGAGGCAUUUCUAAAGGAUCAGGCAUCUCCAGAUGAAGGUUCUCCAAAUAACAAUGGGGUCUGUUUGCUUCAAUUAGAAUCUAAAGCAAGAGCUUUGUCUGAUAGAGAAGUUAAUGGGAGAACCACAAUGGAGGAUAACAGCCAUGAAAGUGUUGAGAGUUGCAACAGCGCAUGGCCAUUUAAAGCAGGAAAGAGACCAUGGAGCUUUGAACCGCAACUGGUUGUCAGCAAUAAAAAACUGAAGAAACAAACAAAUAAAAGUCCUGGUGCUGCAUCUUUUGAGAGUCUAAAUAGUUCUUUCAUGAAUUGGAUAUCAAACAUGAUUAGGGGCUUACCUAAGUCUUAUCCAGAGGAGAAAUCUCCAUUAGCUCUUACUGUGAGGCCUCCUCAUGAGCAUGUAAGUCAUGGUCAGAAGUCCAUGCCAUACCAGAAAAACCUAGAUCCUGGGUGCAGAAGUAUGGGUUUCCAUGCUAUUUUUCAUUCCCUCUAUCUGCCACGGGAAAGGGUACAGGACUCAAGAACUUGGAAUCUUGAUCAUCAAGGAGAAAGCUCAAAAGAACUUGAUCUAGAUAACAUGAUAUGUGAUAAGAGUAGUACUCCCAUAUCAUGUGAUGAGGACAAUAAUAAAUUAUGCGAGCAAACGCCUAUGUCAAAUCAGAAGUUUAACCAGGGUACGUCUGGAAGUGCAGGUCCUUCAACGCUGCCUAACAUUUCUUCUCCACAGCUUGCUGUUCAGGCAUGCCCCAAGACCAACAACACUGCAGGGAAUAACAAGUUGUAUGCCUGUAGUAGUGAGAAAGGUGCACCAGGCUUAUCCAAUACCUCUUUUCGGAAUGAUUCUAAUUCUCCAUCUGGAGGGAAAGAACCUUAUGGAAUUGUGGAGCAAAACAAGUCUUCAACAUUUGGAACAAACAAAAGAAGUCUCUUUUUCAGUGCCUGGAUUAGUAGAUUUUCUCCACAAGUUUCUGGUCCCGUGUUAAGUUCACCUCAAUGCAAGCAUAACAAUUUUGAGACUAAUGAGGGUUCUUCUGGUUGCAUGAGGCUUCUUCCUCAACCCCAGAAUUGUGCAAUUCCUUCCAAGGACCAGAACAAUUUGGAGAAUUGCAAGGAUCCUUCUGCUGAAAACCAAAUGGAUAUCAUUGAAAAGAUGCAGAAUUCUGCAGUAAAUAUAUCUACCUCAUUGGGUUUGGAAAGAACAAAAAGGCAUAACUAUCAGAAGGGCACCUCUAAAUUGAAUCCUAUUCUUCCUUCAAAAAGAUUCAAAAGUUCAGAGGAUAUGGCUUCAGUCUUUGCAAGGAGGUUGGAUGCUCUCAGGAACAUCAUCCCAUCAGUAAUAGCGAAUUGUACAGUUCCUGAAAGCAUGAUCUGUCUUUUUUGUGGCAAAAAAGGGCAUAACUUGAGAGAUUGCUCAGAGAUAGUUGAAUCUGAGCUUGAGGAUCUUCUCAAAAGCAUCAGUUCUGAUGACGGAUCAGAAGAUUCUUCUUGCUUGUGCAUCCGCUGUUUUCAGCUCAAUCAUUGGGCCAUUUCAUGUCCCAAUGCACCCUCGAGAAGAGAAACUCAUUUAGACAAUAAUGCAUCUUUGGUUAACUUUGGUAGUUUCAGGAAAAUGCAGCAGAAUCCAGGAUAUAAUGCUCUUACUAGUGGCAACGAUAGAAAUCUAAAAUCAUUGGAAAAGGAUAGCCAAUGCAAAGUUGCUGCUGGUGCAAAUAAUACUUGUGAAGGGGAAAGGUCAACAAUGGAAUCUGCGCUUUUGGUCCGGAUGAGCAUAAACAAAAAAGUGAGUGAAAUGAUGAUGUGUACUGGACAGGUUACAGAUUUGAAGACAGUUAAGAAUUACUCUCCAGGAAAUAGCUUCUGUCGAAGUAUGAAGGGACAGAGAGCUCCCACAGAACCUGUGCUGAAAGGAAAGCAGAAUGCCUCAAGUUCUGCAGAGAAUAAAUUAAAAGAAAAUCGAGUUGCCACACCCUUUCAGAGCAGUGUCACCAGGAAUAUUCCUGAUGUACCAAGAGGAACCUUUGAAGCAAUAAAGAUGCUUCGUCUUUCACGAAUGGAUAUCCUCAAAUGGACAGCAUCCUCGAUUUCAGCUUCUCAUCUUGAUGGAUUUUUUCUACGUCUGCGGCUUGGGAAGUGGGAAGAGGGAUUAGGGGGAACAGGUUACCACGUGGCUUGCAUUAAUGGGACACUGACAGAAAAACCAUCCGGAAGUUCUAGAAUUUCCCUUUGUGUGAGCAUUGGGGGCUUCAGAUGCUCCAUUGAAAGCCGCUAUGUCUCUAACCAUGAUUUCAUUGAGGAUGAGCUUUUGGGAUGGUGGUCUGCAAUGUCAAAAGCUGGUGGAAAACUGCCAUCUGUAGAUGACUUGAAAAUGAAACUUGAAGAGAGAGAGAAUCUUGGCUUCUAACUAUGGAAGACUUCUUAUGGCUCCCAUAUAUGCCAUCCCAAUUGCAACGAGGGUCUGUCAUGUGAAAGAAAUUCUUAUCUUCUUUUCUU